AAACCUUCCGGACCGGAAGAUGUCGCUCAGGCCAGUCCUAAAAAACUUCCGCCUUAACUUGUAAAGAAAACAUAGCAGCUAAAAGGCAAUCGACGGAGUAACCAACCGAUUUAAGAAGUCAGACCACAGACUUUUUUUUUUUUUUCAAUCUGGAGCUUGUGGGGCUGGAGUGUGUGUGAGUGGGUGAGUGAGUGCAUGUGUGAGAGUGUGUGAGCUGCCUUUUCCUCCUUACCUUUUCACCAAGAGCUGCUCCUCCCUGGAGGAUGACAAUGGAGGAGAUGAAGAAUGAAGCGGAGACAAACUCCAUGGUAUCCAUGACGCUGUAUGCCGUGAUGUACCCAGUUUUCAACGAGCUUGAAAGGAUCAACCUAUCGGCAGCUCAGACACUCAGAGCAGCCUUCAUAAAGGCAGAGAGGGAGAACCCUGGCCUGACUCAGGACAUUAUCAUGAAGAUCCUGGAGAAAAAGAACGUCCAAAUCAACUUCACUGAAUCCCUACUGCGCAUGGCAGCUGAUGAUGUGGAAGAGUUCAUGAUUGACCGGCCGGAGCAGGAGUUCCAGGACCUAAAUGAGAAGGCCAGAGCUCUGAAACACAUUCUCAGCAAAAUCCCUGAUGAGAUCAAUGACAGAGUACGCUUCUUACAGACUAUUAAAGACAUAGCCAGCGCCAUUAAAGAGCUCCUGGACACAGUCAACAAUGUCAUUAAGAAAUAUCAGUACCAGAAUCGCAGAGCUCUGGAGCACCAGAAAAAGGAGUUUGUGAAAUACUCCAAAAGUUUCAGCGACACCCUCAAAACAUACUUCAAAGACGGAAAGGCAAUAAAUGUCUUCAUAAGUGCAAACCGGCUCAUCCACCAAACCAACCUCAUACUGCAGACUUUCAAAACCGUGGCCUAAUCCUCAGAGACCACAGAGGUCCCUCUGUCCUGUGGGGAGCAACUGCUAGGAUGGUGGAAGCUUGAAGAGCGCCUGACCCAUAUAUGUAAAAUAGAAAGAGUUGAUUUUAGGGUUGGGGGUCAAUUCCAUUGGAGUCGAUAUUUCAGAUUCCAGUUCAAGAGACUGAAAAGUGCCAUUUGUUUUGUCAAUAAGGAUUUUCCAGUCUUGAAAUGGAACUGAAUGGGCCCAAAGUUUUGGUUGAAUUGAUUUAAUUUGGACAGUUUUAAUUUAUAACCCAUGUCUUGUUGGGAGUAGGUGAGGCGAGGUGUUUAUCAAAGACUAAUUGCCAUUUUUCUAAUAUAUUCAUGUUGAUAAUUCUACUUUUAGCUUUUCAAAUCAUGGCUACACAUCUCAGACUGCAUUCAGCUCGGGUGUGUCUCAGUACCGGUUUUCUCUUCUCGGCUCCUAUUUGUGUCAUUUUGCCAUGGUCUGUAUGCGCAGGAUCCAGCUGUGGAGUGUGAGCGUUGGGACAUUGGAGAAGCAGAUUUUAUUUCUCUUUAUUAUCAGAAGACAGAAGAAAGCCAAAUGACUUCCAGCACAGAGUGCGCCUUACAAAGUCCUGUAACAUUCCCUCCUCUCAGUGUAAUGAAGGCGAGUGAGUUCCUGCCGCUGGGGGAUGUAGAGAGAGGAUGAAAGUUCUGUAUUUAACUGAUACCUGGUUGCAAUUGUUCAAUAAAUAGUUUCCAAAUGAUGAUACUUUUUUAAA